AUGGCUUUGUGCAGGAAAUCGCUGUUCCUCCGCUCUCCCUAUCAACAAUGCCUUCGUCUCCGCUACCAAAUACGCGAGAACUCUUCUGGUCGAGACAGGUUCUUCCGUAUUUCUGAAGAAGUUCAGGAUGCCCUUGCAACUGGCAAGCCGGUCGUGGCACUAGAGACUACAAUAUACACACAUGGGUUCCCCUACCCUGAAAACGUUGCCCUCUCCUCCCACCUGGAAUCCCUCGUCCGCAUCAACGGCGGCGUCCCCGCAACCAUCGGAAUCCUCGAAGGCAAGGCCUGCGUGGGCAUGGCCCCGGAAGAGCUGAUACAACUCGUUUCUACUGCUGGUAGUGAGAACACAUGGAAGAUAUCAAGACGAGACCUCGGAUUCAUCGGAGGACUGGGUCUUCGGGGUCACAAGCUCAAUGGGGGCACAACCAUUGCUGGAACCAUGAUCCUUGCCCAUUUGGCGGGCAUCAAGGUCUUCGCAACAGGCGGUCUUGGGGGUGUCCAUCGUGGAGGGGAGAACUCCAUGGACGUCUCUGCAGACUUGACGGAGCUGGGGCGGACACCUGUUGCCGUAAUUUCGAGCGGCUGCAAGAGCUUCUUGGAUAUUCCGCGCACAUUAGAAUAUCUAGAGACCCAGGGUGUGGGCGUGGGCACCUUUGCGGAUGGCAGACAGGGGGAGGUCGACUUCCCUGCCUUCUUCUCCCGGGACAGCGGUGUUAAGAGUCCAAAGACAAUCAAGGAUGAAACGGAUGCCGCAGCCAUUAUCUACGCACAACACGGAUUCCCUCUGCAGUCCGGACUACUUUUCGCCAAUCCAGUUCCCGAACAAUCAGCAAUGGCAAAGGAAGAGAUUGACUCAAUUGUUGCUACAGCGGUCGCUGAGGCCGAGCAGAAGGGUAUUGGCGGGAGUGCCAACACGCCCUACAUCCUGAAGCGGAUCCGAGAACUCAGCAAUGGCGCAAGUGUGCAGGCAAAUGAGGCUUUGAUUGAGGCGAAUGUCGUCCGUGGGACCAAAGUCGCCGUCGAACUGGCGAAGCUUGAGAGACGGGGGGGAGUUGCGCCUCAGCGAGAAAAUGCCAGCAAGGUCAUCGGCAGCUCCCAAUCCAUCAAGAGCUCUCAAAGAGUUGCAGAUGAUCAAACAGACCCCGGACAGGGGGCGGUUGAACCGUCUUUUCAGCCUGUGGAAAUACUCGUUGCUGGGUCGCUUGCAAGUGAUACAAUAUGUGACCAUCAACCAUUAAACAUUACAUCAGAAUCAACAAAUCCAGCCCUUCACACGUCGAAUCCGUCCACCAUCUCUCAGUCGCCGGGCGGAGUGGGUCGUAAUGUUGCCAUGGCUGCUCAUCUCGCAGGUGCCAAGGUCAUCCUGGCGAGCGUUGUGGCAGACGACCUUGCUGGAGCGUCUCUCCUCGACCACGUCGAGAAGAGCGGUCUUGACACGACGGCAAUACGACGGCUCUCCACCAACGACGGGGCGCGGACAGCACAAUACGUCGCUGUCAACGACACCAACAAAGACCUCGUGCUUGCAAUGGCAGAUAUGUCAAUAUUUGCUCGCCCAGAACUCGAAUCGCCAGACUAUUGGAUGGCAAAGAUAGACGAAAGCAAGCCAAAGUGGGUGGUCGUCGACGCAAACUGGUCUCCUACCAUUCUGUCAUCCGUCCUAACCGCUGCGAAAGCCCAUCAAGCCUCUGUCGCUUUCGAGCCUGUCUCGGUUGCAAAGGCCGCUCGCCUUUUCCACAAGGACAAUUCCGCCAUUACCAGCGCUCACGUAGUGCCAAAUCACGUUGUGAGCCUGGCAUCUCCCAACAGACUCGAGUUGACGGCAAUCUAUGAUGCGGCCAGGAACGCGAUGAUGUUCGAGUCGGAGCAGUGGUGGAACACCAUCGACAACCUCGGCCUCUCUGGCUCGGGCUCUCGGGAUCGAUUGAUUUCUGUUGCAGGCCUUGAUUUAGUUGAACGGGGGGUCCCGCAACAGUGCAUCCAGCUUCUCCCAUUCAUUCCAAAUCUGGUGACAAAGCUUGGACCGAAGGGUUGUCUCCUCGCUUGCCUCUUGAGGCCUGGCGACCCUAGACUCACACGGCCAGAGAAUGCCCCAUAUGUGCUAUCGAGAAAUUUCUCUCGAGAGUCCGGGGUUGGUGGCUUGUAUAUGCGAUUGAUUCCACCAUUGGUCGAAGUCGAACACGACCAAAUAGUUUCUGUCAACGGUAUUGGUGACACAAUGCUGGGAGUGAUCAUUGCAGGCCUCGCGAAAGGCCGCACCGUCGAGGAAGUGCUGCCCGUUGCUCAAGAGGCAGCAGUGCUCACGCUGAAGUCUGCGGAGGCUGUUUCGCCCCAUGUCCGGCAGAUCCAGGCAAGGCUCAGGUGA